GGGCCCCUUACAAUAAGCAGUCGGAUAUCGCGUGUGUUUAGAACCCGAUUGUUUGCCAUUCAACAGAGUCAUUUGUCAAUUCCUGAUUGUGGCAUUUGCAUCUUAUUCUCACGAUGAAGUUAGUUCGGUUUCUCAUGAAACUGACCUCUGAGACGGUCCAGAUAGAACUGAAAAAUGGAACAAUCGUCUCCGGUACAAUCGUCUCUGUCGCGCCAACGAUGAACACAACGCUCAAGGCCGUCAAGAUGACCAUAAAAGACCGCGAUCCGCUAUCAUUAGACUUCAUUAACAUCCGAGGAAACACAAUUCGAUACUUCAUCCUCCCGGAUUCUCUACCACUCGACACCCUCUUGAUCGACGACGGCCCCAAACCAAAGAACAAAAAGCGAGGCGAACCGGGUUCAAAGUCAAAGGGCGGUCCUGCUUCCGCCAGAGUUGGCCGUGGCGGUGGCCGCGGUGGCGGCAGAGGCGGACGGGGUGGUCGUGGUGGACGGGGAGGUCCUCGUGGAUUCUAAGAAGAUUGAUCUGAACAGAAAAGCUAGCAAGAUGAUUACGAAAUGUUACGCGCGACAUAUAGUUGGGCUAUCUACUUUCAGCGGCAUGGUGAUGUAUGAUUCAGUUCAGGAAGAGAUUUUUCUUUCUUCUUGUGUAUAUUAGAGCUCAGAGUAGGAAAAGUGCUGUUGCAAGCUACAGAGCAACGACGAAUACAAUCCUUCAUUCGUAAACAUUCAACC